GCUCCUCUCGCCUCUUCUCGCUCUUUGGAACCUGACUGCGCCUCCCUCUGUUCACCUCCGCCAUUGGCUCGCACGCUCUCUCGACUAAAUUUCCACAAAGCGCUUGAUAAUUUCCCUCCCAGUUUCGAAUUCUCGCCCGAAUUCCAAUUCUCGAAGCUCGGAUUGGGUUGUUUUUUUGCUGCGAUCAGGGGAUAAUUGAAUAAAAAAUAGGUGGAUCUCUUGCUCUAUAUUGGUGCUCUGGUUUCGAGGGUUUCGGGCGCGGGUCUUACCACGCUAGCAGUAUUUGGCAAUGGAGUACGAUCCUUCUGAUAGCAGCGGUACUGAUGAUGAUCUACCACCAUCACAUCAAAAUAGGAGUGCAAGAGGAGGGCGUAUAACUGGGAAUGGAAGAGCUGCUGUUGGUGCUUUAACAUACACAAGGGCUCAGAAUGAUAUGGAGAGUGAAAUACAUAGACUUGAGCAAGAAGCAUACAGUUCCGUUCUUCGGGCAUUUAAGGCUCAAUCCGAUGCCAUUACUUGGGAGAAAGAAAGUAUGAUUACUGAACUGAGGAAAGAGUUGAGAGUAUCUGAUGAGGAACAUAGGGAGUUGUUAAGCAAAGUCAAUGCAGAUGACAUCAUCUGGAGAAUAAGGGAGUGGAGACAGGCAGGUGGGCUUCAGUCUAGUUUGCACAAUAAUGCUCAACCUGUUCAUGACCCAGCACCGAGUCCUACUGUUUCAGCUUCUCGCAAGAGGCAAAAAACAUCUCACUCAAUACCUUCCCAAUCUCUGGGUGCACCAUCCCCAGCUCUGCACCCACAACCAGUUGCUUCCCUUCAGCCAUCAUUAUCAGGUGCAAAGUGGGGGGUUAUGGCAGGAACCAAGGGCAAGAAGCCAAAACCAUACCCUUCUACAGGUCCAAGUGGACGGGGCCAGGUAACAAACAGGAAUUUUUCUGGUGCUCUUGCAACAACUGAACCUGCUGAAGCUGCAGCAUAUGAUCCACUAAUUGGGCGGAAGGUCAUGACAAGGUGGCCUGAUGAUAAUAACUUCUACAAGGCUGUUAUAACAGAUUAUAAUGCUCGUGAGGAUUUACAUGCUCUUGUUUAUGAUAUGAACACAAAGAAUGAAACAUGGGAGUGGGUCAACCUCAAAGAGAUUCCUCCUGAAGACAUCCGAUGGGAAGGUGAGGAUCCCGGCAUCUCAAGUCGAGCGGGUCAGGGUGGACCCAGCCUGAGGACUAAGAAGCCUACAGGCGGCAAUGGGGCCAUUCCAAGUGCAGGCAGGGGAAGAGGGUUGUCAAAGAAUUAUUCAAAGAAAGAUUUUGCUGCAGCACAAAAUGGCAUUGGGAAGAAGGCAUCUGAUAACAUAGAAAUACUCCACACAGAAAGUCUCCUGAAGGAGGUGGAGAGGGUUUUUGGUGCAAGUCAUCCAGAUCCUCUCGAAAUUGAGAAGGCAAAGAAAUUGCUGAAAGAGCACGAACAAUCCCUAAUCGAUUCCAUUGCAAGGCUUGCUGAUGCUUCCGACAGCGAAAGUGAAGAGGACGCGGACCGAUUCUCUCAUGGAAGAUUGAUGGACCGGGACCAGAGGCGGAAAACCAGGCAUCAUACCACAAAUCGGAAUGGAGCUGAUUACGAGGACGCAGGCGAGGAAGGUCCCUAUUGAUGAGUAUGACAUCUAACCUGUGCUUCCGUAGCCCAAGCCCUUGGUUGUACAAAAUGGCACGCUCGGCAGACCGCUGCAAUGGAUUUUUUUUAGGCGCUCCUAAGGAGGGCAUAAUUAUUCUCGCAAUUUCACGCCCCUUCCGGUAGAAAAUGCCGGGGGAAGCCAGGAUGAUGAAACUGUAAAAAAUUAUUCAUUGAAUAUUGAUGAAUAUUGAAUUGUUUGUGAUGCUGUAUAUUGUUUUGAAGUCGAAGAUUUUAUCAGGUAGCAUCACAUGAAUUCAGUCUGUGACGCCACAUUUUUUUGUUGAAAUAAAUGGGAAUGUGAACAAUCUUGAUACGAAA